AUGUCACCACCGCCACUCCCGAAUGACGUUAUCCAGCAUGUGUUAGCUAACCUUCCUGUAAAACAGAUUUAUUUAUUACGAGGAGUAAAUCGAGAUUGGUAUUCUAUACAUGAACACGCCAUUAAACAGCACCUUUCUUUUUCGGAUUCUAAAGUUCUAGUUAGACUUGGACCUUCUUCAAAAGCUAAAGAUCCCAAGUUUUCCAUUGCGCUUGAUUGUGUUGCUUUCGAUCCUGAAGCUAGAAUUUUUACUUUUAAGCCUAUAGCAAAUUCAAAACCGAUUUAUUGUAAUCCACUUCACCUACGCCAAGUUAAAAUCUUGUAUAGUGAAUGGAUAGGAAUCGAUGCAAAAAGACAUAAUGGUAUAGAUGCUUCAUUGAAUUCUACUAAUUCUACUUCUAGAAACUAUGAUCCAUCUCCCCAAGAAAUUUAUAGAUAUGCAAGAAUUAAAUUUCAUCAUAAUUAUGUUGAAGCUGUUCAAAAAUAUUAUUAUUUAGAAGAAACGCCCGGUAUUGGUGAAGAAAUUUCUACUUAUCUAGGAGAUUACGACAUGAUUUUAAAAUGUCAUCUUAAAGAUUCUGUUGUUUUGUCUGAAGAAGACAUUUCUGAUGUAGAAUAUUUUGAUAACCUGUCUCAUAUUUCUUCCUUUAAUGUUGAUUUCCUACAAGUUCAUACUUCAUGGCUUAUUAGUGGAACUACUACCAGAAUCCUUCCAACCAAUUUCCAUUCUAAAAUUUACCCUUCUCGAUACGCUCUUCUUAACCAUAUUAUUUCACAAAAAGAUAUCCAAAAAUACAACCUUUAUUCACCAAAAGUAAUCAGAUGGAUACUUUCGGACUACAUGGUAGAUGAUCAGCAGACUAUUCAACUCUGUCAACACCUUAACGAAACAAAAGGCGAUUUUACAAUUCGUGAUAAAUUUCAAUGGGAAUUGGAUGCAAAAAACAUAAAAAAGCAAAUUAUGUGGAAAUAUUCUUUUGUGGCGAGAUUUUUUUGUGACCCCGAAAAUUCAUCAGAUACUUUCGAACAAAUAUUGGAUAGGUUUGUUCGUGCUGAAUAUGAUGAAAAAGCAAAAGGAAACGUUCAGAUUUAUAAAUAA